UUUGAUAAUUAUGCCUUGACGUAAGCUUCAUAGAUACAAAUUCAAAAGGACAAAUUAAGAUAUAGAUUCUAAGGUUUCUGGAAAGAUAUACUAGUAUACUAUGCGGGCUCUAAAAUACACAUUUACUGCCAGUCUGGGCAUCUCGUCAGGUGACAAAUGAGAAAGGUUCAUUUGCAUAUCAGGCAAAGGUCAUAUUUACGUUACUGCAUUACUGUAACAGCAACACACCGCCAGGACAUGUUCCUGUAAAACAGUCAACCCAAAAACGUCGUCCCUUUCUUCGUCAGUCAAGCUCGGUUGACUAAAACUCGUAAAAGGUAGGAUAAAAAUGCAACCGGUGUGUAGCGUGAUGAAGCUGUAUCAGAGUCUGCCUGUCCUGUGCCUGAUCACGGCUGUGGGGUGGAGCUGGCCCUGUCCAGACUACUGCGACUGUUUUCCUGGGGAGGUCAACACAACAACCGUCAUAUGCCGCGGAGGCAACAUCACCGCAGUGCCUACAAAAUUCCCGGCUAACACUACCUACCUGAACAUAGAAUUCACAAACAUCACAAUGUUGAAGAGAGAUGAUUUCCUUCAUCUGCCAGUGUUGACGUACCUACAGCUCUUCUGGAACGUCAAACUGGCGGCGUUGGACGUCAGGACGUUCGUCACUGUCCCCACCGUCACUACCCUCAGCAUCACCAACUGCUCCUUCACAAGGUUCCCUCCCGGCAUGCUCCACGGCCUGCCCAAUCUGACGAUGUUUGACGGCAACCACAACCUCCUGGAAACGGUUGAGAAAGGGCUGUUUACUGAUCAUCCGACUCUUCAAACCAUCAACCUCUGGCAAAACAACAUUUCCUAUCUCGAACCUGGAGCAUUUUCAGGCAUGCCUCAUUUGCAAAACAUCAUGUUAAUGAACAACAAGCUUACUUCUCUUUCUCCGUCAGCCUUUACGGGAUCCUCCAACAUCCAAUCCUUGACUCUCAGCUUCAAUAGCAUCAGAAGGAUAGAUAAAGAUACUUUUAAGGGGUUGAGUCAGAUUCAGUCUGUUGAUUUGGAACAAAACGGACUCACUGACAUUGAUGGGGUGUUUGAUGACUCGCCCGAUUUGAAGAUGCUGACGCUUACAAGCAACCUUCUGCACUCCGUCCGCAACGUAACCUUCGGAAAGCUCCCCUCUCUGGAAAACCUAUACAUUGACAAGAACGAAAUUUCUCUGUUGGAGAAGGGUGUUCUCAGCCAUCUGAAAGCUCUUCAACAGCUCAGGCUCGGCUACAACAAGAUUACAGACAUCUCGCUGGCGGGACUUACCUCUCUGAUAGAACUUGACGCCCCGUAUAACUGUCUCAAGAGCUUUCCAUCCAACAUGGGAGAUGCAACCCAGCUGCAAGUACUGACGAUGGACAACAACCCUGUUGAAGAGCCUUUGCGCGACGGACAGUUCUCUGAUCUUAUCGGGUUGCAACGACUUACCUUGGACAAUAUCACAACUCUACAGUUAGCCGGGACACUGGACCCCCAGGCGUUUCGUGGAUUAGACCACUUGUACCUUCUUUCUCUCAAACACAACAGACUGGGCAGUUUGUCGUCCGAAACCUUCACGUGCGUCCCACAGUUGACGUACCUGUAUCUCGACCACAACAACCUAACUGAACUAAAGAUCGGAACUUUCAAAGUUCUGAAGAAGCUGACGGAACUUUAUCUGUCAAACAACCAGCUAAGUCGCAUCACGCCUGGUACUUUCGAUGGCUUGGAGAAGCUUUUCUAUCUGGCACUUGGAGGAAAUAACUUCACCAACAUUCUACACGUGUCUCCAGCACUAGCAGGUUUACCGUCCCUUGAUACCCCUGGCCUGGACGACAACUCUCUGGUUUAUGUCGGCCCAAACUCUUUCCCGGACAACAUGGCGAUAGACCUUCUGAAUCUUUCAGGCAACAAGAUUCGCAUCGUAGAGGAAGGCGCUUUCACCGCGCGAGCAUUCCCCAACAUGACCCGAGUGUGGUUAGAUGAAGGCAACCCGCUGCAUUUCCUGCCAAAAGGAAUUAUUGAGGGGCCUCCAAAGUUUCAAACUCUGACCGUGGGCGACGAUCCGUUCAACUGCGAUUGUCAAAUGAAAGGCUUUGCCACGUGGCUUCACAACCAGGUCCACCCGCCCAAUGCUGACCUGGUCUGCAGCAGCCCAGGGAAACUGAAGGGCAGGUAUCUCAAAGACGUCGCCUUGGAAGACUUGACUUGUACCUGCGAGCGCGAGCAAGCGCCAUUCAUCGACACAAGUGGGAGCGACAACCAUACCGAUGAAGGACAGACCGCCAUCUUGAACUGUAAAAUAUCAGGAUGUCCAGAUGCGGAGUUUUUCUGGACCACCCCCAGCGGAGCCAUGCUGGCCGUGGGUUCGGGGUUCCCCAGGGUGGAGGUGCAGACAAACGGUUCGUUAGUGCUGGUAGAUGCCAGGACGGAGGACACAGGCCGGUACACGUGUACUGCCGUAAACUACCGUGGGAAGGAUUGCAAGGAGACAUUUCUCACAGUAGGCGGUGGAUAGUGGAAGAUUUUUAAUACCAUCAAAGACAUAAAAUCGUCAAUAUAUUCGGCGAACGUGAAUAACCAGGUAGACUUGAGCCUACUACUGACCUUGUUCACAGUCGUGGAGUUCUAGCUAAGGCAGUGACCAAGACUCUACACAGGCAUUUGAAAUGUAGAGACAACAAUUUAAGAAUUGUUGUUAUAUGAAGCAGUAUUUAAGCUUCACCUAACGCACGAUUUAAAGUAAUGACAACACUUUUUUGCCAUGCUCUGACUAGUAUUUAUUAUUAUUAUUAUCAUUACUAUUGCAACAUAAAUUUACAAGACAUUGUGAUGAGUUAUAUUCAUGCCGCCACCGCAAACGGAUACAAAUACAUGGGUAAAUAAAUACAAGAUAAGAAAACAAGAUAACAAAA